AUGGUAACAGCGAAUAAUAGUUGUGGCAAUGAAAGUAAUGUACAGUACAGUUUAUCAAAAACUGAUCCGGUUAACGAACCAUUCCGAAUUGAUGCACAAUCCGGAACAAUAUGUCUCGAAUCAAUUCUUGAUUAUGAACAAUGCACCAUUUAUCAGCUUCAUGUUUAUGCUCAUAAUAUAAAUGGACGAUUCAGUCGAGCAUUAGUAAAUAUUCACGUGAAAGACGUAAAUGAUAAUUUACCAAUAUUUUACACGCAACAAUAUAACGUUUCAAUACGAGAAAAUAUAGCACUGAAUAGUUUACUCGUACUAAUUUCAGCUAAUGAUGCUGAUAGUGAAAUUUAUGGAAAGGUAACUUAUCGAUUUGAAACCGGUCAGUCGGAUACGGAUGCUUUUCGAUUGGAUGAAAAAUCAGGUCACUUAUAUGUAAAAAAUAAAUUAUCAAAAAGAGAUUAUCAUUUGAAAGUGGAAGCUAUUGAUGGAAGUGGAUUAGUUAGCGAGAAAAAAGCUACUGUUCAUAUCAGUGUUAUCAGUAAUUCCAUAUUAACACCACAAUUUACAAAUGCAUUGUAUGAAUUUAAUGUUUUAGAAGGAACUCUUCCAGGUAUAAUAAUCGGUGAAGUUAAAGCUAAAGGAUUCUUUCCGAUAAAUUAUAAUGUUUAUUCCGGUGAUCCGGAUCAUUUCUUUUCAAUUAAUGCUAAAAAUGGUCAAAUUAGCAUUGCUCAAUAUUUAGAUGCUGAUAAAUGGGAACAGUUAUUACUUAAUGUACAGGCAAUAAUGGAAAAUGGUGAAAUGAAUUAUACGCAAGUUCUUAUCAAAUUAACUGAUAGCAAUGAUAAUGCACCAAUUUUUGAAUUAAAUAAAAUUGAAUCAUAUGUUUAUGAAAAUUAUCCAACAAAUGUGCCAUUCUUUGCUGUACAAGCGUAUGAUAAGGAUCGUGGAAAGAAUGGCAAUGUGAAAUAUGCAUUACUGGAAAGUAAACCAGAAGAAUGUCCAAUUUUAAUUCAACCAUUAAGUGAGGCGCAAGAUGACGGAAUACCGCCACGUUCAUCUAAUAUCACUGUGAUUGUAAAUAUUCUCGACAUUAAUGAUAAUAAACCUGAAUUCAAGGAAGAAAUGUAUUUUGUUGAUGUACCGGAAGAUGCUCAACUUAUGACUGAUGUUUUAACAGUUCAAGCAAAAGAUUUAGAUAGCGAACAAAAUGCUAGAAUUUCGUAUCAAUUCAGUGAAGAAAAUGAUAAUUUCGGCAUUAAUCCAGUAACCGGAAAUAUUUUUGUGAAAGGAUUACUUGAUCGUGAAAUGAUUCCGGAAUAUCAUUUAUUUGUUAUUGCUAGUGAUAAUGGAAAACCACAACUUUCAUCUCAAACAAACAUUCAUAUCAAAAUUUUGGAUGUCAAUGAUAAUUCACCGCUAUGUCCAGUGAUAAAUUCAUUUACACUUAGUGAUAAAAUUGAUAUUGGUGUAACAUUUGAUAAAAUAAUUGCAACGGAUCCGGAUGAAGGCUUAAACGGAAGCUUAUUGUAUCGAUUACAAGUAGAAGAUAUUAAUUUUGCUAUUCAGGAAAACGGUGAAUUAUUUAUGAAAAGAAAAAUUACGACGAAAGAUCACAGAAAAGAAAGUCGCUUAUCAGUGAUAAUUUUUGAUCGAAACGGUGAUAUGCAAGCACGAUCAACUAUUUGUCCAAUUAGUAUUAUUAUUGGAAAAUUAAAUUCUAAAGUUAAAUUGUUGGAACCAAUAGAUCGUAUUAUUAGAAUUGAUGAAAAAUGCAUAUCGAAUUGCUUGUUAAAAAUAUUGAAUGCAACAGAUGUUGCAAAAUGGGAAAUUAAAUUGAGCGAUAUUUCAAAUAAUUUUGAAAUUUGGAAUAAUACAAUUCGUACUUCUGCAUAUUUCAAUAAAACCACAAUCAAUGAUAGUCAAACAUUAUCAGUGAUAGCAUUUGAUAAUGAUAAUCAUCAACAACAAAUUGUAUUUAUCAUUCGUAUAUCAAAAUUAGGAUUGUCACAUCGAGAUGAUAAGACAACUGUGAUAAGAAUACCAAAUACUAUAUCAGUUGGUUCAAAAUUAGUAACAUUAAGUAAUGAAACGAAUAAUAAUACGACAAUAUGGCAUUUAAAAAAUGAGACAGAUGCAUUUUACCUGGAUAGUAUAACAUCAACCUUAUAUUUGGCAACAAAUAUUCGUUGGUUUCAUCAAAAAAGUUAUCUUCUUAAUGUGGAAAAAUGGCAUUCAUUAAAUUAUAAACAAAUUGAACAACAAAAUAUUUACAUUGAAAUUGAGCCAACAAAUAUUCAUUGGCCUCAAUUUUUGAAUUGUCCACGUUUUUUAACAAUUAAAGAAAAUGAGCCAACAGGUUCAAUAAUUGGAAAAGUAUCUGCUGAGGAUACGAGUGAUGGUGAUGACGGACAAUUGAGCUAUUCAAUAGUUCAAAGUUCAACCGGAUUAUUUUCAAUUGAUCCGGAUACUGCUGAAAUAUUGCUCAUUCGUUCAUUACAUUGGGAAAAGGAUUUAUCAUUGUUUCUGGUCGUUGAAGCAGAAAAUAGUAACAGCGAUGUGAUAAGACGUUCACAUUGUGUUGUUUUUAUCAAUGUUGAAGAUAUCAAUGAUCAUCAACCACAAUUUCUAAGUUCACAAAAGAUAACGAUUGAUGAUAAUUUUGUUAAUGAUGAUAUUAUCCAUCAUAUUGUUGCUAUUGAUGAUGAUGCAGGCGGUAAUGGUAAAGUCACAUAUGCGCUUAUCGAUGGAAAUACUGAUAAUGCAUUCAGUAUUGAUUCCAAUACUGGUGCUUUAAUUCUUAAACAUCGUUUCAACAAUGAACGACGCAUACGCAUACGCGCAAGCGAUAAUGGCGUUCCGUCGAGAUAUGCGGAAAAGGAUAUCACUGUUAAAUUUGAUUCAGGACGUCAACAAUGGAAAUUUUUUCCGCAACGGAAAUAUUUCAUUAGCAUGAAUAGUAGCGCAACACCCGGAACUGUUCUAUAUGAUUUUUUUACAAAUAGAAAUGGAUGGCCACAGAUGAAAUUGUUUCCAUAUUUUGUUUCGGAAAAUGAUAUUUUACAAUUAUCAGAUGAUGGAAAAUUGAUAAUAUUAAAGGCAGUUACACCUGGAAUGUAUGAUUGGCUUGUAAUAGCAUUAGGAGGAGAAAAAUUGAUUGAUUGGACAUUUGUUCAUCUAAGCGUAAUUGGCACUAAUCAAUAUCCGCCACGAAUCACGUCAUCAAAUUGUGGUAAUUUAACAAUACGUGAAAACGUUGCUGCAAAACAUCUCACACGUAUUUAUGCAUGGGAUGAAGAUGUUAGCAGUGAUAAUAAAAUUUUUUACAAAAUAGUCGCUGGAAAUGAAAAUUCGGCUUUUUUCAUCAACUCUACAACCGGAUUACUAUCAUGUCGUGAAUUGGAUCGUGAACAACAAUCACAAUAUUUUCUCGUGAUCACUGUUGAAGAUCAAGGCAUUCCAAAUCGUGCUGAUACUUGUACAUUACGGAUUACAGUAACGGAUGAAAACGAUAAUGUACCUGUUUUUAAUGAUAAUAAUCCGACAUUGAUAGAAAUUGAUGAUAAUAAACGAGUUGGUGAUAUAUUGGGAAGACUAUCAGCAACAGAUGAUGAUGAAGGUUCAAGUGGUAAAAUAUUAUUUAGCAUUAUUGAAGAUGCUAGUGGUUUGUUGGAUAUUCGUGCUAAUACCGGCGAAAUUAUUUUUGCUAGAGAUUAUCCAACUUCACAGAAUGAAUAUACAAUUAAAGUUAAAGCAGAAGAUCAAGGUAUUUCACGAGUAUUAUCAUCAGAAUUAAACAUUAAACUUCAUUUAAUUCGAUCUAAAUCGAUGAUCAAAUUAGACGAACCACAAUUUUUAAGUGAACAUUAUUUUGGUUUUAUUAAUGAAGGUGAACAACGUGGACAAUUUGUGCUUCAGAUUCGUAGCUCAGAUCGUUUAACAGAAGAUGCACCAUUAGCAUAUAGCAUUAUCAGUGGUAAUAUGGAUAGAGCAUUUGAUAUCGAUGAUAACGGACGUAUAAUAACCACUCAACAAUUAGACUAUGAAAUUCAAAAUAUUUAUACUUUGAAAGUGAUCGGAACGAGUAAUGAAAUUGUGAAAAUACCUGAAACAAACAUACAUAUAAGAGUAAUCAAUACAAACGAUAAUGUUCCAUCAUUUCCAAUGCUAAAAGAUGUGAAAGUACUUGAAUCAGCAACGUAUGGUACAUUGAUAGGAACAGUAGUAGCGACAGAUGUUGACAUUGAUACACAACUGGAAUAUAGUUUAUUAUCAUCAAAUGAUCUAUUCGAGAUUGAUCCAUUUACUGGAAAAAUAUUUCUAAUUCAAAAUUUGGAUUAUGAAAGUGAUAAGGAGCAUAUAGUUCAUAUUCAGGUAACAGACGGUGAUAAUACUUCAAGUGCUACGUUACGAAUAAUUGUGGUGGAUGUUAAUGAUAAUGCACCACAAUUUGAACAACAAUUUUAUCUAAUUAAUAUUGUAAAAAAUGUUGAAUUAGAUUCGGUAAUUGCUAAAAUACAUGCAAGUGAUCCGGAUACAGGACUUGCUGGAACAAUUCGCUAUGAAUUAGCUCUAGAUAACCAGAAAUAUUUCAGGAUUAAUCCUGAAUCAGGUGAUCUAUUGAUAAAUGGUAAAUUAGAAGAUCAAUCAACAUACUAUCUAAUGAUUCAUGCAUUUGAUCAAGGUAAACCAGUGCAAAAUUCUGCUGUUGCUGUUCAAAUUAAUGUUGGAAUUGACGAUUACAAUCGAAAACCCAUACAAUUCACUAAUGAAUCAUUCAAUUUUACGAUACCAGAAAACACACAUCCGUAUAUUGAAUUUGGUAAAGUAACUUUAAUGGACGAAUUACCAGUAAGCACAUCACUGCGAAUUCAAAAUUUUGAAUUUUCCAAUAUUUUUGGUAUCUUCCGUGAUGGUUCAAUUUUUCUGAAAUAUCCAGUUGAUGCUGAAUUUAAGAGUGACUAUGAAUUCUUGGUUGAAGCAUCGUCGCCAUAUGCAACGUACAAUUCAUCCGUUAAAGUAUACGUGAAAGUGAUAGACUUAAAUGAUAAUGCGCCAUAUUUUAUUGAAAAAAUGGAUGAAAUAACAAUCAGUGAAGGAAUGAUAAUAAAUGAAGUUUUGGGAAGAUUUGUGGCUGUUGAUAAUGAUAGCGAUGAUAAUGGACGUAUUUCUUAUCAAGUGUUAUCUGGAAAUAAUUAUGGAAUAUUCAAUUUGAAUAGCUCUUCGGGAGUGUUAUAUCUCGAGAAAAAUAUUGACAUUGAAGAAAUGAAUUUCAAUGAUACUUUAGAUAAUUUAUUAAUUGCUGCUAUUGAUAAUGGCAUACCAAGUCGAUUAAAUUGGACUUCAGUUCGAAUUAAUUUUAAUUCUAAUUUUUCAUCAGCUACUGCUCCAUUUUUUAUCGUUUCACAAUACGAAAGAAGUAUAUUUGAAAAUUUACCAAGAGGAAGUAUUGUAUUACAUUCAAAAGCUGUCAAUAAAUUAGGCUUACCUGGUGAUAAUUGGAUUUAUACAAUAACAGAUACCAAUGAGUCAUUUGUAUGCAACAAAAGUACUGGCCAUAUAAUACUUAGCAAAAAAUUAGAUUUUGAAAUGCAAACAAAGUAUGAAUUCAUCCUGAAAGUUCAUGAUAAUCAAAAUCGAUCAGCGAUGGUAUCAGUUCGGAUCCGAGUUCUUGGCAUUGAUGAAUAUCCACCACUUUUCACAAAAACUAAUUAUAUCUUUCAGAUUUCGAGAAAUUUACAAAUUGGCGAAUAUGUUGGCGUUGUAUCAGCAAUAGAUCAUGAUUCGGGUAUAGAUGGUAUUAUCCGAUAUGAAAUACAGGGAAGUGCAUCGCAAUAUUUAAGUAUCGAUUCAAAUACAGGACAAAUUAUAUUGUCACAUCAAUUUCCACACAGAGCAAAUACUAACAUUACAAAUGAUGAAUUCAUCGUAAUUGCUAGUUCUAGUGCAAAACAAACUUCUCGUACUAAAGUAAUUCUUCAGAUUGGUGAAUUUUUACCGCGUGAUGUAUUUUCAACGAGAAAAACUUUAACAAUGACCCAAAGUUUGACCAUUGGCUCAUUAUUAUUACUUUUUGUCCUACUAAUUACUCUCAUUGCAUUGGUCAUCAAUAUGAGAAUAAAAAAUCGUACAAAAUCAAAAAAAAUGGUAUAUAAUACUAACAAAGGUAAUUUUACGGUGAUAAGAAAUAUGAAUGACUCAUCGCCACGUUUUCAAAAUGAAACACAAAUUGCUCCACUUCCAUCUUCAUCAUAUACCAAAUUUAAGAAUUCUUCCAUAACUUCUACGCAUCUCAACAAUAAUACUACAAAAAUUCUAUAUAAACCACCAAUAGAAACACAAAUGGGAAAUUAUUCCAUCACAUAUUCAAUGCCUGAUUCCGGUAUUGAUCCGGAUGAGAUAUCAGUGACAAGUUCAGUUACUGAUUAUCUUAAUCAAGUUGGUGUAACACCAAAUAAAUAUUUUGAAUCAAAUCAAGGCACAUCCAGAGAGUUUUUUACGGAUUACAAAAAUGAUGCAAACAACGAUCCGGAAAUUAGUGAAUUAAUUUAUGCUAAAGUUGAUGAAAUUUUAAGUCCGGCAAACCGGAUGAAUGCAUAUUUCCCAUCAAAUAAUUCAAUUAAUAUUUCAUCAUUUAAUGCUAAUUUGAUUAGCACUGAUUCAGUACCUUCAUUUCGACCGCUCAGUGAACUUUUAUUGGAUAUGAAGAAGCAACAACAUUGA